AUGGCGUCCAUCGACGCAACACCAAUGUCCCGUCUCGAUUUAACUCCAUGGGACUUGCAAAUGCUCUUACUCGAACCAAUCCAAUACGGGAUUCUAUUUCACAAGCCCAAAUUCCCUAUCAACUUCAUUAUCGAAUACCUCAAAGCCUCACUCUCCCGCGUGCUCGACUACUUCCCCCCACUCGCCGGCCGCCUCUCCACCGAAAAAUCCAACAACAACAACAAAACAGCCGUUUAUUUCGUCGACUGCAACAACAAAGGCGCCGGCUUCAUCCACGCGGCCGCCACCGACGUGUCGGUUGCCUACAUCUCGGAGGCCAAGCACACGCCAGAAAUCGUCUUCUCCUUUUUCCCACUUAACGGGACCCGCAACUUCCAAGGGACCUCCGAGCCGCUAUUCGCCGUCCAAAUCACGGAGCUCGAGGAUGGCCUCUUCGUCGGUUGCGCGGCUAACCACGCCGUUAUGGAUGGCUCGUCGCUAUGGCAUCUGAUCCGCUCGUGGUCCGAGAUUGUCCGCGGACGUGAGAAAAUUUCGAAAAUGCCCUCGUUCGCGCGCGAUUUCCCCGGAUGGGAAAACCGAUCCAUACCCGUCCGUGUGAUCGACUUCGAUGCGAAGAUCGUGCGGCCCCCGUUGGUCGAGAGGAGUUUCCACAUAAGCAAGGAGAGCGUGGCGAAGCUAAAGGCGAGGGCGAAUUCGGAAGGCGAGGAAUUUACGUCGUUUCAGGUGAUCGUGGCUCAUAUAUGGCGGUGCGUGGCGCGAAGCCGGAAAAAGACGGGCGGCAAUAGGGAGGAAGUUUUCGUCACGUCGGUCGGGGCAAGAGGGAAAAUUCCGUUGCCGGAAGGGUAUUUUGGGAAUGCUUUUGAUGUUGCAAGGCUUCACAUGAGUGAGGGGGAGCUGUUGGGAGAUGGGUUGGGCCGAGCUGCGCUUGGGCUCAAGGCCCUUUUUGCGGGGAAAGGGAAGGAGGAGGUUGUGUUGGGCUUUUUGGAGGAGUGGGUGAAGGAGCCUCGGUUGCACGUGCACGUCGAGGGGAGUUUCACGUUUGCGGUGACGAGCUUUCCGAUGUUCGAUGCGUAUGGCGGUAUGGGGAAUGUGGGGUUGGGGAAGCCGGUGGCUGUGAGGAGUGGAAAGGCUCAGAAAUGGGAUGGGAGAGUGAUGCUUUUCACGGCGGCUGAAGGGGAUGGGGUUGAUGUUGAGGUCUGCCUGGUGCCAGAGGUUAUGGCGGCGUUGGAGGAAGAUGCUGACCUUAUUCCUAUGGCGUCCAUCGACCCAACUCCAAUGUCCCGUCUCGACCUAACUCCAUGGGACUUACAAAUGCUCUUACUCGAACCAAUUCAAUAUGGGAUUCUAUUUCACAAGCCCGCAUUCCCCAUAAAUUUCAUUAUCGAAUACCUCAAAGCCUCACUCUCCCGCGUGCUCGACUACUUCCCCCCACUCGCCGGCCGCCUCUCCACCGAAAUAUCUAACAACACCAAAACGGCCGUUUAUUUUGUCGACUGCAACAACAAAGGCGCCAGCUUCAUCCAUGCGGCCGCCACAAACGUGUCGGUCGCCCACAUAUUGGAGGCCACAUACACGCCGGAAAUCGUCUUCUCCUUCUUCCCACUAAAUGGGACCCACAACUUCCAAGGGACCUCCGAGCCGCUAUUCGCCAUCCAAAUCACUGAGCUCGAGGAUGGCCUCUUCAUGGGUUGCGCAGCUAACCACGCCGUUAUGGAUGGCUCGUCGCUAUGGCAUCUAAUCUGCUCGUGGUCUGAGAUUGCCCGCGGCCGUGAGAAAAUAUCAGAAAUGCCCUCCUUCGUGCGCGAUUUCCCCGGAUGGGAAAACCGACAAGUACCCGUCCGUGUGCUCGACUUCGAUGCGAAGAUCGUGCGGCAACCGUUGGUCGAGAGGGCUUUCCACAUAAGCAAGGAGAGCGUGGCCAAGCUAAAGGCGAGGGCGAAUUCAAAAGCAGAUGAAUUUACGUCGUUUCAGGUGAUCGUGGCUCAUCUGUGGCGGUGCGUGGCGCGUAGCCGGAAAAAGACAGGCAGGAAAAGGGAGGAAGUUUUCGUCACGUCGGUUGGAGCAAGAGGGAAAAUCUCGUUGCCGGAAGGGUAUUUCGGGAACGCCAUUGAAGUUACAAAGUUGUGCAUGGGUGAGGGGGAGCUUUUGGGAGAUGGAUUGGGCCGGGUUGCGCUUGGGCUCAAGGAGUUUUUUGCCCGAAAAGGGACGGGGAAGGAUGUGUUGUGCUUCUUGGAGGAGUGGGCGAAGGAGCCUCGAUUGCCCGUGUAUGUCGAGGGGAGUUUCACGUUGGGAGUGACGAGCUUUCCCAAGUUCGAUGCGUACGGUGACAUGGGGAAUAUCGGGUUGGGGAAGCCGGUGGCUGUAAGGACUGGAAAGGCCGUGAAAUGGGAUGGGAGAGUGAUGCUUUUCACGGCAGCAGAAGGGGACGGUGUCGAUGUCGAGCUCUGCCUGGCGCCGGAGGUUAUGGCGGCGUUGGAGGAAGACGAUGAGUUCAUGGAGCUGAUUAAAUCCCAGUGUCUCAACAAGAGAUUCACCUCAGAUAAUGGAAGCUUCGACACAUUUCGUGCAGUGGAAGGAGGAGUUAAAUGCACUAGAGCCUUAGCAAAGACCUAA